UCUGGAUCAGCAAAUGAAAUUAAUAGAAAAUCAAUUUAAUUGACCAAUUAGAUUUCGGUCAUUUCGUUAGUCAAAUGUGGUCCAAGGUAUAAAAAGGUGACAGAUUUUAAUCUUUUCAUCAGUCGAGGUUUGUUGUUCUCUAUUAACAAUUGACAAAGUGAAUUUCCUGCGAUCUCCAUCUCUUUAUAAAAGUGACUAUUUAAGAUGACCAUGUAUUCAGUAUCUCUCUUUUUAAUCUUAAUCAUUUCGCCUCAUUGCUUGGAAGCAAUGACCUGGAAUCUUUACCGAAAUGCUCCUUCUUGUUGUCAAUCGUAUCAAGUCACCGCUGCUCCUGUUAAAUGUGUUCCUUGUCCACCCACGACAACUUUACCUCCCAAAAUAGUGAAACCAGUCAGUGAACUUUGUUGUGGGGCUUAUGAAGUGGCCAAACCUUGCAAACCUUGUGUUCCCGUCUACCCAGUGAAGGAAGUUACCACUCCCGCUCCUCCGCUUUACACACCGAGUCCUUGUCUUCCUCCCACAUGUUAUACUGAUCUAGUUAAACAAAAGGUUGAGAUUGAAAACAUUUACAAACAAGGAAGUCAAAUGAUGGUUGAUUAUUCUGAUUCAGCCACCGGUCCAGUCGUUUAUGUCGCCCAAACAAUUUCUAACGGAGCUGAUUUGAUUCCAACAUUGUUUGCCGCUGGUGGUGGUUUCCUAGGAAAAGCCAUUGCUGCGCCUAUUCAAUUCUUCAAUCGAAUUGGUUUCUCUUUUCUUUCUGGAGCCAUAAGUCAAGUUGUCACUAUUCCAAUUUCAUUGGGAACUUCCGUCAGAGCUUCAACUGUGGUACUCCAACCUUAUUUACGGUGGUUCGGAUUAGGAGGUAAAGACGCCCCACACACUUGCUGUGCUACUCCACCCACUCCUGGUACUUUUGAACAAAUUGGACUAAAACCCGUUGGUAUUUUAACUGGACCAGUUCAUCUCGCCUUGGGAUCCUUCUUGAGUCUCGGCGGAUCAACUUUCCGACUUAUUGGAACUUUGACUAAAAGUGGCGGUGAAUUUUUCGAGAACACAGGCCAUGGAUUCAAGAACGUUGGAGCUCUGAAAGUAGCCGAUGGAAUAAAAAGUGUUUCCUCUUUCUUAAGCAAAGUUGAUAAUCCACAAUCACAGACCAUUUGUAUCGACGAUGGAAAAAAAUUAUCGUUCUAUGAAAAAGUUCCCGUUAUUGCAACUACUCCGAUUCCAGUUUACUCGACAACUGUAGCACCUUACACGACAACUGUAGAACCUUACACAAAGGUCGAAGUGGUCAAACCAGUGAUCAAACCCGUCGUCACCACUCCCUAUCCAGUCGUCGCUUCCACUACUGUUAAAAUGGUUCCAAAAUACUCGACAACACCUCCGCCAACAACAACAACAACAACACUCGCUCCAAGUUAUGAAGUAACAACAUCUAAGGUUGUGGCAGUUGCGAAACCAGAAAUCCCUGUUUAUCCUGAUCUUCCGAUUCUCAAUGAAAGUGAAUACGACGCUGGCCCUGAAGACGACGACGAGAAAGAAGAUAAAUAAUUUUUAAUAACUGUUAUGUUUUUACCGUUGACAAGAUUUUAUAUCGUUUCUAAACUGUAGAUCUGCAUUUUUAAAUAUUCAAAGUACAAAAAACCGACCCAAUUGUUGUAAUUAAAUAGUCAAAAGACACGAUCACUAAUAAAAAGAUGCUCAAAAUUA